AUGGCGACCAACUUAAGAGCUGAUCUCUUCAUUACUCUUGCUAUCUCUUUGAUUGCAGCAGUACUGAUCAAUCUGAGUUUCGUGGAUGCCACAUUUCCCAAGAGUACAUCCUUUACUUGGGGAGCUAAUCAAGCUGGGAUCGCCGGUAAUGGUGACGAUCUUCAACUUAUGUUGACCAAUUGGUCAGGGUCUGGAAUUCAAUCGAAAAGAGCGUUUCUCUUUGGCAGCGUAGAAAUGUUAAUCAAAUUAGUAUCUGGAAAUUCUGCUGGCACUGUUACGGCCUACUAUAUGUCUUCCACUGGUAACAAACAUGAUGAGAUAGAUUUUGAGUUCUUGGGGAAUACAUCAGGACAACCUUACACUAUUCACACAAAUUUAUUCGCUAAUGGUGUUGGAGGCAAAGAACAGCAAUUUCAUGCUUGGUUUGACCCAACUUCUGAUUUCCACAACUACACCAUCCAUUGGAACCCAAGCGAGAUUGUGUGGUUCAUUGAUAGUAUUCCAAUCCGAGUGUUUAAGAACUAUGAGAGCAAGGGCAUUGAUUACCCACACCAACAAGGGAUGAGGGCUUAUUCCAGCAUAUGGGAUGCUGAUAACUGGGCAACCCAAGGUGGACGUAUAAAAAUUGACUGGAAGAGUGCACCCUUUGUGGCUAGAUUUAGAAGGUUUAGGGCAAGGGCUUGCAAGUGGAGUGGACCAGUUAGCAUCACCCAAUGUGCUGCCAAUACUGCUGCCAACUGGUGGACUUCACCUGUUUACAGCCAAUUGAGUAACGAACAAAUUGGUCAGAUGAUGUUGGCUAGAAACAAAUCCAUGAUUUACAACUACUGCACUGAUUUUGCUAGAUUCCAAGGGAAUUUCCCUCCUGAAUGUUCUUUGCCACAAUAUUGAUUAGUAGAGAAAUAUUAUUAAUUGCAGCUGUGAUCCAUGCCAUGC